AUGGGUCCAGAUGUACCUCUCCUGAAUGAUUACAAACAGGAGUUCUUCUUGAAGCGCUUUCCACAGACUGUUUUGGGUGGUCCCCGAUUUAAAUUGGGCUAUUGUGCGCCUCCUUACAUAUAUGUGAAUCAGAUCAUUCUUUUCCUGACACCAUGGGUUUUGGGAGGAGUAGGAACACUUUUGUAUCAGUUAGACAUUAUGAAAGACUAUUACACUGCAGCACUUUCAGGAGGACUGAUGCUUGUUACAGCACUUAUUCUCCAGAUGACAAAUCUGUAUGCAAGACAGAAAACAGUGACAGUAGAAAGAAUGCAAAUUCAGAAUACCCUAAGGGAUGAAGAUGAGUAUGAAUUUUCCAGCUGUGUGGGUUCAGAGACAGUUAAAUUUAUUAUUCCAGGCAAGAAAUAUAUAGUCAACACUGUUUUUCAUUCCUUUCUUGCUGGGGUAAUGUGUGGGUUGGGAACUUGGUAUUUGCUGCCAAACAGAAUAACCUUGCUGUAUAGUAACAUUGGAGGAACUGUUGUGAUCUUUGUGUUUGGAUGGGUAACUAUUUGUAUAGGAGAAUAUUCUUUAAUCAUAAACACAGCUACAGAGACAGCUACUUUUCAAGCACUGGAUACUUAUGAAAUUACUGCUCUGAUGAGACCAUUCUAUAUUUUUGUCUUUAUUGCAGUGGAUCUUGCACACAGGUUUACUGUUAACAUACCAGUUUUAGAACAGACAAACCAGAUUUUGCACAUCAUAUUUCUGUUUUUGCCAUUUUUAUGGGCAUUGGGGAUUCUGCCCCCACUUGAUGCACUUUUUCUAUGGGGAAUGGAACAAGUGUUGGAGUUUGGCCUAGGAGGUUCACCCAUGUCAAGUAAUACAAGGUUGUUAGUAAUGUUUCUCAUUUCUGCUGGAACAGCUAUAGCGUCAUAUUUCAUUCCCAGCACUGUUGGUGUGGUCCUCUUCAUGACUGGAUUUGGGUUCAUACUCAGUCUUAACCUAAGUGAGAUUGGUCUAGCCUUCAAGCACACCAUGAUCAGCCAUUUAGCUUCCAACAAGUCUAAGUCCAGUGGUCCUAGGAUACACUUUGUGUGGAGGGAAUUCUUUUUCUAUUUGACUGUCUUGACAUUGGCUCUCAUAGAAGCCAGCUUGCUGCAUCACUUUGCUGGUUUUUCAGCAUUUUCCAAAGCCAGUCCCCAGGCUAUAGUGAGUUACAUUCUGAUCAUAUUACUUAUAGUUAUGUGGAUUCUUAGAGAGAUUCAGGGAGUGUACUUGUUUGGAAUCUUCCGAAACCCUUUUUAUCCAAAGGAUGUCAGGACUGUGACUGUGUUCAUGGAGACGCAAAGAAGGCUUAUGAAAGUUGGUGUUGUCAGAAGGAUUUUACUAACACUAGUGUCUCCAUUUGCUAUGAUAGCAUUUCUUUCAUUAGACAGUUCCCUACAAAGUCUUCAUUCUGUAUCUAUUUGCAUUGGAUUCACAAGAACCUUUAGAAUGGUUUGGCAAAAUACAGAGAAUGCCCUGUUGGAGAUGGUGAUUGUAUCGAUAGUGCAGAUGUUGCUAUUUAAUACAGAUGUGUGGUGGAACAGAAGCCUUGAUACAGGAAUCAGACUCUUACUGGCUGGUGUCAUUCGGGAUCGAUUACUUCAGUUGAUCUCAAAACUGCAGUUUGCUGUAGCUGUUCUCUUGACAUCAUGGACAGAGAAAAAGCAACGUCGGAAAUCUACUGCCACCUUAAUAACACUCAACAUUGUUUUCUUCCCAAUUGUAUUGGCCUUCAUAGCUGUCUCUGCACUACUUUCUUCCCCCAUGCUGCCGCUCUUCACUCUACCAAUAUUUUUGAUUGGGUUUCCUAGACCUAUCCGAAGCUGGCCUGGACCUGUGGGUGCAACAGCAUGUGUUUGUUCAGAUACCAUGUACUACCAGCAGGUGGUUCCGAGUCUGGCCGCUGCACUGCAGUCUGCACUAGCAUCUGGUAGUCUAGGUCUGUCUUUACCUGGAUCACACUACUUGUGCCGUUUUCAGGACAGACUGAUUUGGAUAUUAGUACUAGAAAGAGGCUUCACAUACUGCUGUGUUAAUAUUAAGGGGCUAGAAUUGCAGGAAACUUCCUGCCACACUGCUGAAGCACACAGAGUGGAUGAAGUUUUUGAAAUGGCCUUUGAACACCAGGAGCAUGCAGAGACUUUCUCUCUCAAUCAUCAUUUUGGAAACAUUUUAACCCCUUGUACUGCCCUACCUGUGAGACUGUAUUCUGAUGCCAGGAAUGUCUUGUCUGGAAUCAUUGAUUCACAUGAGAACUUAAAGCAACUGAAAGAUGAUUUCCUUAAAGUGCUUGUAUGGAUACUUGUCCAGUAUUGCUAUAAAAAAUCAAAAAUGUGCGAGAAGCUGGACAAAACAACCAAGAACAAAGAAGGGUCAUUUCCAUUAACCCAGCCCAAAGCAUUUGACAAUGCAGUAGAAAAACCCAGGCCCAUAAAGGAUGAAGAUAGCUUUAGUGUAGAUACAAUUGCGGAUUGGACCGAUGAUAGUGAUCUUUUUGAUCUUGACCCCAGCAGAACAAGAGAAAGAAAAGAAACCAAGCCAUUGGAAGCUGCACCAAGAACACUUUUGUCUGUUCCAGGAUCAGUAGAAAUGGAGAGUGCAGUUGGUGCUCUGCAAGAGACAGCACCUGAAGAUAAACUCUACAAAGCUGUUGUGCUUGGACUCCCUGCUGUAGACAAAGGAAAGAAGCAGGAAGUUGUAAGCUUACCUUUAGUUGAAUUUAGCUGCUCCUACUCUGAGUUGCUAAGCAUACCUGAAGAGUGGAGAACUGCACCCAUACCUACUUCCAAACUCAAUGAGAUGAGGCAGAGGUUUCCAGAAGCCUGGUACCAUUUUGUUUUGAGUCAACUGGAUUUUUUUCAUUUGAAAGAAAAACCUUCCAAUUUACUUGAAGACAUUACUAAAGACAAAGCUUUGAAAGAGUUGUACGUCCAUGGUGUAUUGUCUUGUUGUUUUGGUUUGUUUGGACUAGACAAUACAGUUCCUGCUCCUAGUCAUGUAUUUAGAGCGUACACUGGUGGCAUUCCCUGGUGUGUUGGUUUGGAUUGGCUAACUGGAAAACCAGAGCUGUUCCAACUAGCACUGAAAGCAUUCAGAUAUACGUUUAAGCUCAUGGUUGACAAAGCAAGCCUGGGUCCAGUAGAGAACUUCAAAGAGCUGAUUAACUAUCUGGAAGAAUAUGAAAGUGACUGGUACAUUGGUUUAGUAUCAGAUAUUGAGUGGCAACAAGCAGUUUUACAGGAAAAGCCGUAUCUUUUUUCUUUGGGACAUGAUCCUAACAUGGGAGUUUACACCGGCAGAGUGCUUACCCUUCAGGAAUUGUUAGUGCAGGUUGGGAAGCUCAACAAUGAAGCUGUCCGAGGUCAAUGGGCAAAUCUUUCAUGGGAGCUGCUGUAUGCUACCAAUGAUGAUGAAGAACGCUACAGUAUACAAGCUCACCCAGUCCUUCUGAGAAACCUUACUGUGCAAGCAGCAGACCCACCGCUUGGCUACCCUGUUUAUUCAUCUGCAUCUCUCCAUGUGCCUUUGUUGUAGGCUGUUGAUUUGUAAGGUGUUUUUUUUGUAUUUCCUAUCUGUAAGUAGGAAACAAAGCACUAAUGCUGCAUUUGUAUAACUAGAAAUAUGAAGAUUUUAUUGAGUGGCA